GGGCCGGUAUUCAUAAAGCACCUAAGGUGAAAAUUACCUAAGGUUACAAAUAUUUUCCUUAGUUUUAUGCGUUUUUUCCCUUAACUUUGCGAAAUUCCCUAAGUUUGUAUUCAUAAAAAUCUUAACCUUAGGAAAAUCCUUAGGACUGUUAUUUUUCCCUUAAAAGUUAAGGUUCGUACAUAGCUGCCUUAACUUCUCGACUAAAUCCUUAAAUAUGGCGACAAAACAGACGAUAUUUUCAUUUUACAACAAUUUCUGCGUUUAAUUUUCAUAAAAAGAAUGCCAAGAAGAAACUUCCGUGAACGUGUAGAUGUUUUAGAUAAAUUAAAUAACACUGAAUUAAUUGAAAGAUACAGAUUUGACAGAGAUGGAAUUUUAUUUUUAAACCAGCAGCUUGAGCACAUUAUAUCUCCCACAACUCAAAGAAAUCACAGUCUCAACAGCAUUGAAAAAAUAUUAUUAACACUGCGCUAUUUUGCCUCAUCAAGCAUACAACUUAAUGACGGUGACAUCCAUGCCGUAAGUCAACCAACAGUCUCUCGGUCGAUUACUGCAGUAAUCGAUGCCCUGACACUGCCUGAAAUUGUGAGGCAAUAUAUUUGUCUGCCCACAACUUUAUGGGAUGUCAGACAACAGAAAACGGACUUUUUUAAUGUUGCUGGCUUUCCCAACGUUAUUGGGGUUGUAGAUGGAACACAUAUCCAGAUACAGGCACCAACAGUUGAUGAACCACAAUAUGUCAAUAGAAUGGGGUACCACUCCAUUAACACACAGAUCAUUUUUGAUGCUAGCUACCAUAUUAGAGAUAUUGUUCCAAGAUGGCCAGGUUCGGUUCAUGAUGCCCGAAUCCUUCGUAACAGUGGAGUGUACCAGUUCAUGGAGGACAACAUUGAGCAAGAAAGACACCAAUACUUGCUGGGGGAUUCGGGCUACCCCUGUAAACGCUGGCUUUUGACCCCAUUUUUACGGCCUGAUGGUGAACAUCAACUUAACUUCAACAUUGCUCAUAAACGAACCAGGUCUGUGGUGGAGAGAGGGAUAGGGCAGCUGAAACGAAGAUGGGGUGUGCUUCAUGGGGAGAUAAGAAUGCAGCCACUCAAAGCAUGCAAGAUCAUUUUGUGUUGUGGUGUAUUGCACAAUAUCUGCAAAACUAGGAACAUUCAAAUGGAUGAAGUGAACAUUGAAGAACUGCCAGACCAACCAGAACAUUAUGCUGGGCUUGAAGAUGGUCUUCACUACAGGAAUGUUAUUGCAAACACAUUUUUCUAAACUGUUGCUUUUAUACCUCUAGUAUGCCAGUAUAUAUAUAUAUAUAUAUAUA